AGCCGGCCCCGAACACUUGCGGCGGCGAGACAGCGCAUUCAACCUCCGGACCUUGACCCGUCCACACAACCGCAACCAGCUGCCACCAUGGCGUCCAAGGCGGCAGCGAAAGCUGCAGGCGGCGUCGUCAGCAUCACCAAGAAAUACACGCUCCAAUCCGAAGGCAUCUGGGAGCGCAUCCGCCGCGCGACCGCGAUCGACCCGAACCGGUCCAACGGCGUGCCGCUGAACCCGUACAACCGCUCGCCCGCGCCGGGCUCCAACGACCCGCUGCAGUACGACGACCCGGUCACGGUGCCGGCCGGCGACAUCGCCGACAACCCGUACUGGAAGCGCGACGCCCGCCGCGCCUACCCGCGCCACAGCGUCGUCGGCCAGGCCCACCAGGUCGCCCUGCUGACCGUCGGCAGCGCCGCCGAGCCGCGCGUCGAGCUCGUCGGCGACGCCGGCUCCAAGGCCCUCGUCGCCGCCGAGCAGUCCGGCCGCGACGGCGGCGUCGCCCUCUACCUUCAGAACAGCGGCGCCGACGAAGCCAAGCGCGUGCUCGCCAUGUCCGGCGGCCUGCCGCCGCUGCCCAGCGGGCAGAGCCUGGCGAGUGGCAAGUGGGAUGUGCACAAGUACGACCUGGACACGGAGCAGUCGUACCCGGAGGACUACCCGUGCAGGUCAUUUGUAUGAAGGGGGUUUGGGAGGGCCGGUGAGGAACCGGCUGUACAUAGACGCAUGGCAGGCAGUGGGAUAGAGCAGGUGUGCAGGCGAGGACGGCGAUGCUGUGUUUGCUAGAUUGCGCUGCUUCUCUUUGUCUGAUCGACCA